UAGCCUAAACAUUGACGUCAAUUCCGAAAUGUAUCGCCCAUUCCCCGUAGAAUAGAACGAGCAGUGCUGAACUCGUAAGCACCUCGAAUACUUUUAUCUCCUUGGAAGUUGGAACCGGGCUCAAUGCCGAACAUUAAGUGACGUGGGCUACAUAAGAUUUGCACGAAAUAUAAUAUGUUGUCAGCAAGAAAACGGCUGGAACACUUCGGUCACAAUGAUACGUAUACCAGGAACUCGGCAGAGUCGUCUAUCUCGUUUUUUGUUUGAAACCACACGAGUGGAAUAAACCGGUGUCCUGGGACGGAGAGAGUCGUGUGCUACAGGUCAGAAUCACUUGGUCAACUAGGGUUGCUACAUUUCUAGCGAGUAGUGUGAUAUUAUUGCCCAGUUCGGCAGAGAAGGUGGUCAUGGGGUUAGCGCUUCACACACUCCUGGCCCUGACUGGCCAGCUUCCCUGGCUGCUGCUCCUGGCUCUGCUCGUUCCCAGGAAUGUCCUCCGAGCUGAAGAGCUGAAGCCCACUAGAUGGCCCCUGUUCUCCCAGAAGCCUUUGCUCCUCGCCUGGAAUGCCCCAACGGAGGACUGUGGCCCCCGGCACGGUGUGCAUUUCCCGCUGGAGCAGUUCCAGAUCGUAGCUUCGCCUAACGAGGGCUUCGUCAGACAGAACCUCACCAUCUUCUAUAAGGACCGGUUAGGGCUGUACCCGUAUUACGAGCGUGACGGCACCGUGGUGAACGGUGGAAUCCCUCAGGCUGCCAGUCUCAUGCAGCACCAGGAGAAGAUGCCCGAAAGUUUGCACAAAUACAUACGCGAACCAAACGCCAAAGGCCUCGCCGUCAUUGACUGGGAGGAGUGGCGUCCGCUGUGGAUCCGCAACUGGGACGUCAAGAACGUGUACCGGGACCAAUCCCGGAAACUAGUGGCCGAGAAAAACCCGGAUUGGCCCCCGGAGCAAGUGGGGAAAGUGGCUCAGCAGGAGUUUGAGCUGUCGGCCCGAAAGUUCAUGCUGGAGACCCUCAGGCUGGCCAAGAGCCUGCAGCCCAACCAGCUGUGGGGGUUCUACCUGUUCCCAGAUUGCUACAACCACGACUACCGGAGCGGCCUGAAGAACUACACAGGCCGCUGCCCUGAUGUGGAGGUGGCCCGCAAUGACCAGCUCACCUGGCUGUGGACUGAGAGCACGGCUCUGUUCCCCUCCGUCUAUAUGGGCACGGUGCUGCGCUCUACCACGUUCGGGCGCCAGUUUGUCCGGAACCGGGUGAAGGAGGGGAUGCGGCUGGCUUCGGUGGGCGACGGGGUGGCACGGCCCGUCUUCGUCUACACCCGGCCUACGUACGCCAACGAGCUGACUCUGCUGACUGAGACAGACCUGGUGUCCACCAUCGGGGAGAGUGUAGCCCUGGGAGCAGCUGGGGUCAUCGUCUGGGGAGACCAUACCUACGCCAGCAGCAAAAACAGCUGCUCCAGUCUGAAUGACUACCUACGCGGCCCGUUUGGACGGUACCUGCUUAACGUCUCGACGGCAGCAGAAUUGUGCAGCCAGCAGCUGUGCACCUCCCAUGGCCGCUGCCUCCGCACGCUCGCAGACACUGACGCCUACCUGCACCUCAACCCCCCUCACCCACACAUCAGCAUCCAGGGGGGCAGGCUGAAGGUGACAGGUCAGCUAGAUCAGGGGGAGCUGGCUAGGUACAGGCAACACUUCCAGUGCCAGUGCUACAGCGGGUACAAGGGCGAGGGCUGUGCCCAGAGAGAGCUGGGGAAGAGUGCUGCCGCACCUGUCUGGGGAGUGUGGUCCGUACUGACCCUGUUACUCCCUCUAGGGCUUCUCACUCUGCUCCACUGACGGAGGCGAGCAGGAGCUGACUACGUGCAAUAUGGGGGGAAACAACCACAGUCCUGGCCUCUGCUGGGCCUCAGGGGGAUUCCUGGUCAGGGAUGGGCUCUAGCUGCUCUGUGGGUCUGAUCCAUAUGGAGAAGAGGACAUGGGAGUGUCAUCUGUCAACAGGGUGAAGAAGGGGACUGAAGAUGCUCCUCAGUACCCUUCAGUUACCCACGCAAGCUUAAAGGGACAGCAUGUGAAGUGGGAAAACAAUAGGCCUUCUAUUUUUUGCCUUGAUGUUUUUAUUGUGAGUGCUGUGAGGUAGAAAGGAAGGUCUAUCCCUCCCUUCACCAGAGCUGGAAGACAUCUGGAGCUAGCAGCCAGAACUAGAACUAAGAUGUCUGUAAUGUGUAUGAAUGGUGACCUCAGCUGUAUAUUGAGUGUGUCUGUGUGAACUGUGUCAUUAGAGGUUGUAAGGUUACUAGGGUCGGCAAGUAGCAUAGUGGCUAGAGCGUUGGGCCAGUAACCGAAAGGUUGCUAGAUCGAAUCCCCGAGCUAACAAGGUAAAAAUCCGUCGUUCUGCCCCUGAACAAGGCAGUUAACCCACUGUUCCUAGGCCGUCAUUGUAAAUAAGAAUUUGUUCUUAACUGACUUGCUUAGUUCCAUUUUUUAUAAAAACUGGUAAGGUUACUACUGGUAAGGUUACUACUGGUAAGGUUACUACUGGUAAGGUUACUACUGGUAAGGUUACUACUGGUAAGGUUACUACUGGUAAGGUUACUACUGGUAAGGUUACUACUGGUAAGGUUACUACUGGUGAGACUAGUUUGUUAGAAUGUUCCUCUCUCUUGCCUUAUGUGGAUCCGAGGGAAUUGAGAAACCUCAACAACCGAAACUAACGCACCACACAACAAGAAUGCUACUUUUUGAUGGAGACUGUUCCACUGUGAAGCUUUUGUCCGAAGAGACCUGCGCUGUGCUUGGAUAGUCCUACCUCUCUCGGCUAGACGGCUACACCUUCAACCAGCUCUGAUCUAGCAGAACUGCAGAUAGGACAAGGGAAAAACAAAAUCUUUUUUUUUUUUUUUAGGUUUAUAUAUAUCUUUUUGUAACACUCUUUUUCUACGGUCUUAUUUUUUAAAGUCUGUAAUGUUGUGGUGGAAAAUAACUGGAAUAUUUGGAACUGACUCUCGAAUAUCCAUGAGCUUCAGUGAGGCUUAGCAUUGUGGCAAGGAAUUCCUUUAAUCUAUAUAGCUGUCUUUCUGUGUCACGCGCACUGCUUUUGCAACAUUUUAAUCACCUCAAUCACAUUAGCAAGAAAGACUCAUCUAAUCAUUUUCAAUUCAUAUUUUUAGCCAACCUGUUCUUUGACAUUUGUGAACAUACCACAUCGGCACAGAUGACACGGUAUGCCAGUGUGAAGUGCCUUUCCAAAAAGUGUGUUGGGCCUAACAUGUCUGUCAUCCUUAUUCUGGUGCCUCUACCAUCUAUCUUUUGUAGAUGUUAUUUGAGGGUCUGUGAGGAUUGCAAACCAAAACUGAAAGCACUGUUUUGCUCAUUUUGCCAUUUGUUUCUACUCUAUUCUUCCUUCUGUUGCCUGAAACCAAAAUUCCUUUGAAAAUGGCUCUGGCCUCUCAUGUGUGGUUUUUAUCUAGAAGGAAUACAGCUUUUGUCAAUUUACUUUUUGUAACAGGUUUAGGAUAACUUACACAGCAGGUUAGGAGAAUUAGGUGGGUUUGCUGAAAUGCACAAAAAAAAAAUUCUACUUUUGACGUCAAUUUCACAAGCUGUAUCCCAUCUAGACAUGACCCUCCGGGUGCUUUUUCAGGGGACCACAGUCAGACCUCCAGGGGGCUCUGUUAGUCAUCUUCACUGCUCUUAUUUAUGUCCCAAACAUGCUUCUCAUUUACUGUCACAUGUGGAUUGGAUGUAAUUGUAAUUAGUAGUUAUUUACAUUAAACUUGAAAUAUAAAAAGA